CAGCUUCAUGAACAACUUGAGAUCCAAAGAAAGUUACAGUUGCGGAUUGAAGAACAGGGUAAAUACCUCGAAAUGAUGUUUGAGAAGACAAAAGACAUGGGAAAAGAUCUAAAGGUAUCAUCAUCACUAAAAACAGAUGAACAUCCUUCACCAUCCACCGAGACGAAGCAUUCUCCUUCCAACGACAAAUCAGAAGCACUGGAGCAGGAUCCUGUUUGUUCAAACGAUGCUUCAAGUUCUGGAGGCGAGCUUACACAUGGCAAGAACAAAGAAGGGAACUUACUGGAAAGGAAAACUUGUGAAGAUCAUGGCUCAGAUGUUAGAAACUUGUGUUCACCUCCACCGAAACGAGCAAAAACUGAGGAAACAUCAGCUUCAUGAAUCUUAACAAACUCAUUUGUUAUAUGUAGCAAGGAUAGCUGAAAUGUGAAUUGUCUUUGAAAAUGCUGUUGACUUGAUAAAAGCUUCUGGUUUAAAAAUAACUAAAUCUUUCAACCAAAGGACCAACUAUGUUCUUCACUGAUCCCAGCAUUGCUCGAACCACCAUCUCGUAGGCCUACGAGUAUGCUGACAGAUAGAGGAACUUCCAGUAUUAGAACAAGAAAGUAGUUUGUCAAUUAUACUGGUUGGUUCAUUGAAUGUGUUGAUCAACAUUCUAUGUAAGGAGUCGAUUUACAUUGUUGUCUGGCAAUAAGCUAAGUGAGAAGCUGUGACCAAGGAAGCCAUAGGAGCCUAUGGUUCCAUUCUUCUUGUCUGUCACUUGUUUGCACUUUGAUUAGCUAAAGUAGUUGUUAUCUAGUUAAAUUUUUUUAUUGGAAUUAUCAUUUUAAUACUCACUUAUUAUAAGGCAUUAAUUUUUGGAAACAGAUUUAUAGAAAGGAAAUUUAGUUUACCAAGAAGAGGAGUAGAGCAAGUUAUGUAAGUGUGUCACAUCACUUCAUUGUACUUCCAAAUUUAGUAGAGUUUAAUACUUUUGAUUUAUAAAUUAAAGGUGCUUCUCCAAAUGGAAAAUUAGAUGAAGUAUUUUAAUACUAGUGCAGAUCAUGAACACCAAUUUCAGAUAGUUGAGUACCAUGUAUACAAUGUAGUUGCUUCUUCCUUCUCUAACCCAACCGUUGACUUUGUGGCUUUUAUAUAUUUGUGUGCUAUUAUGAAACACCAUCAUCUAAAUUUGCUGUUAAAUUUCCAAACCCCAAAAGGGAAAGACAGAAAGUCAGUUAUCUGCAGUUUAACUAACUCCAAAGCCGGCAGACUAAAAAUACCAAAAUACCCCCCAUGUCUGUUAUUCUUCUUCCACAAGUCCAUUUCUUUUUCGUUUUGUCUACAAUUCACAAGGCACUACUUCCAAAUGUUUGAAGUUUUCAUCACAAUCAUAUUCUAACACUUCAUUGUUGAGUCCUUUUGUAGGCAGAUUAUUUUGUUAAGAGAACAGAGACAAAACUUUGCAGAGAUAAGGAAUGGGAAAAAAGGGAAGCUGCUUUUCUGCAGUGAAAAUGGUUCUUUGUACUAAGAAGAAGAAGAAAGAGAAGCAAAACCAAAAAUCUAGAAAAUGGUUUCCAAAGCAGAAGAGCGCCGACUGGGAUUCUUCCAGUGCACAUACCACAACAACUGAUCCUGCAGCUGCUCCUCCUACAGAGCAGAUGAGAUUCGUGGAAGCCGAGAAUGAGCAAAACAAGCAUUCCUACGCCGGUGCGCUUGCUACUGCUGUUACAGCCUGUGAACUAGGUGAAUCAAAGGAAGAGUUUGCAGCUAUCAAGAUACAAACAGCUUUUCGUGGAUAUCUGGCUAGGAGGGGAUUCAGGGCUUUGAAAGGACUAGUGAGGUUGAAGAAAAUGAUUGAAGGGCAAUCUGUCAAACGGCAAACCACUUCCGCUUUAAGGUAUAUGCACACCCUAGCUCAUGUUCAAUCUGAGACCCGUACCAGAAGAAUUAGAAUGUUAGAGGACAACAUGGCUCUCCCGAGACACUUCCAACAGAAGAACGAGAAGGAGCAGGAGAAGUUGAUAGCAUAUAAAUUUGGGGAUAUUUGGAAUGACAGCACACAGUCAAGGGAACAAGUUGAAGCAAACCUCCAAAGCAAGCAGGAGGCUGCCUUGAGAAGGGAAAGGGCUUUGUCUUAUGCAUACACACAUCAGAAAACACAGAGGCAUCCUUCAAAAGCUACAAAUCCGACAUUCACAGACCCGAAUAAUCCCCAGUGGGGUUGGAGUUGUUUGGAGCGACGGAUGGCUUCUCGUCUAUGGGAAGAUAAAAGUGCAUUUGACAAAGAAUUUAACAGUGUUCAUAACACCGCAAAAAUCCCAACCAACCAUGCCACUUCUGUUGGUGAAUUUGAUCAAUCUCGUCGUGAUUUCCACCUUGACAAUGUGCCUUCUCCAACCGCUCAUAAACAAAGCCAAUCACCAUCAAUACCUUGGCCAAAGCCAGUGAGAAUAAGGCUAGCAAGUCCAAGGAGAAGUAGUAAUGUAGAUGGCGGCUCAAGAAGCAUUGCCAGUGCUCAGUCGGAUCGUGGAAGGAGGCAUAGCAUAUCGUCAAUUAGAGAUCAUGAAAGCCUCGCGAGAUUCCCACAUGUUCCUAGUUACAUGGCAGUAAAAGAAUCAGCAAAGAUGAUCAAGUUCCAUUUACCAAGUCCAUUGGGUUUCAAGCCAGAGAAGGGAACAGGUAAUUCGGCCAAGAAAUGAUUGUCUUUUUCGACAUCUCCUCGUGGUCCAAGGAGGCAUUCUAAUCCACAAAGUUAGAGAUGUGAAAGGAAGUAUUUUAGAUAGCAAGUAACAAAGAAGAGAAGGCCUAAUACAUUGGCUUUUCUUCUUCAUAAACUUUCUCAGUGGAGUGCAUACUGAACAAGUAUUUUAGAUAGCAAGUGACAAAGAAAAGUGAUGCUCUUAUCUUUUUAUAUUAUUCUAUUUAUUCCUGUUUCUCUAGUGUGCAUUAUCAAAAGUUUAGAUUGGAUUACUGUUUUAGCCAUUGCUGUUGUUUGUAUAUGAGGUUUCUAUUUGUAAUUGUUGUUGUCUCUCUGUAAUUGAAACUUGAUCUUAA